GGGCUCCCGGGGGCGGAGGGAAGGGAGCGCGCGUGCGCGCGCCCGGCCGGCCGUCGCCGCGGUGACCGUCCUCGCAGUCCGUCGGCUCGCGCCCCGCCCCCGUCGCCCCCUCCCCUGUCGCGCGCUGGGGCUGUUUGUCGCUCCUCCCGAGUUACCGCCGCCGUCGCCGCCGCUCCUCCUCUCCCGGUCCUGGGUUUCCCUGGCGCUGCGGCCGCCGCUCCCUCUGCGACCUGUAUGAGGAGGAGGAGGAGGAGGAUGUGAAGAUGGCGGAGCUGCAGAUGCUGCUGGAAGAGGAAAUCCCGGGGGGCCGCCGGGCCCUCUUCGACAGCUACACAAAUCUGGAACGGGUGGCCGAUUACUGCGAGAACAACUACAUACAGUCAGCAGAUAAGCAGAGAGCCCUAGAAGAAACCAAAGCCUACACCACCCAAUCCUUAGCAAGUGUUGCCUAUCUGAUAAACACCUUGGCCAACAAUGUCCUGCAGAUGCUGGAUAUCCAGGCAUCCCAGCUACGAAGGAUGGAAUCUUCAAUCAAUCAUAUUUCACAAACAGUUGAUAUUCAUAAAGAGAAAGUUGCAAGAAGAGAAAUUGGUAUUUUGACUACCAAUAAAAACACUUCAAGGACACAUAAGAUUAUUGCUCCAGCCAACCUUGAACGACCAGUUCGUUAUAUUAGAAAACCUAUUGACUAUACAAUUCUAGAUGAUAUUGGACAUGGAGUAAAGGUGAGUACCCAGAACAUGAAGAUGGGUGGGCUGCCGCGUACAACACCUCCAACUCAGAAGCCCCCUAGUCCCCCUAUGUCAGGGAAAGGGACACUUGGGCGGCACUCCCCCUAUCGCACACUGGAGCCAGUGCGUCCUCCAGUGGUACCAAAUGAUUACGUACCUAGCCCAACCCGUAAUAUGGCUCCCUCGCAGCAGAGCCCUGUGAGGACAGCUUCUGUGAAUCAAAGAAAUCGAACUUACAGCAGCAGUGGGAGUAGUGGAGGGAGCCACCCAAGUAGUCGGAGCAGCAGUCGAGAGAACAGUGGAAGUGGUAGUGUGGGGGUUCCUAUUGCUGUUCCUACUCCAUCUCCUCCCAGUGUCUUUCCAGGUCAUCCUGUACAGUUUUACAGCAUGAAUAGGCCUGCCUCUCGCCAUACUCCCCCAACAAUAGGGGGCUCGUUGCCCUAUAGACGCCCUCCUUCCAUUACUUCACAAACAAGCCUUCAGAAUCAGAUGAAUGGAGGACCUUUUUAUAGCCAGAAUCCAGUAUCUCUUGCUCCUCCUCCUCCCUCCAUCCUACAGGUAACUCCUCAGUUACCUUUAAUGGGAUUUGUGGCCAGAGUCCAAGAAAAUAUUUCAGAUACACCACCUCCACCGCCACCUGUGGAAGAACCAGUCUUUGAUGAGUCUCCCCCACCUCCUCCUCCUCCAGAAGAUUACGAAGAGGAGGAAGCUGCUGUGGUUGAGUAUAGUGAUCCUUAUGCUGAAGAGGACCCACCGUGGGCUCCACGUUCUUACUUGGAAAAGGUUGUGGCAAUUUAUGACUAUACAAAAGACAAGGAAGAUGAGCUGUCCUUUCAGGAAGGAGCCAUUAUUUAUGUCAUCAAGAAGAAUGACGAUGGUUGGUAUGAGGGAGUUAUGAAUGGAGUGACUGGGCUUUUUCCUGGGAAUUAUGUUGAGUCUAUCAUGCAUUAUUCUGAGUAAAGCUCAGCAGGGCUGUGCUUGCCUCACAGGAAUAGUCAGGUCUUCCCAGAUUAUCUGAAGGCCCUGGGGAUUCCACUCCAGUAAAGUAGAAUGAAGGAUACAAAUGAUAAAAAUUACACUUUUUUUUUUUGGUUUAUUCCCCAGUAUUAAAAACAAAGCAAGCUGAGUCUGAACAAAUGGAUCUUUCCGCCAUCAUUUGUACAAUGCUGAGCUGUCUGGAUUGAAAUAAAAUGACCAUUUUUAUAUAUGUCAAA